CUUUUCUUUCUUUGUGGCGAUUACAUGACUUGAUUCGAUAUGGAGCCAAUGUAACUACCACCGAAAAGCAAUCCUAUUAUGUGGUAAUAGACAUCUAGAAUUUUGUUGGAGAUCGUUCCAACCAACCUGUUUGUCAAGUUCACUUACAUGCAGUUGGAAACCACACAUACAUGAUGACUUGGAGAGUAUUAUUUCGCGCAUGAAGAGAUAAGAACCCCCCCCAAUAUCCAAUGAGUCAAAGCUCUACAUAUAUCUCUUCGACUGGUUGCUGUUAUAAACUGCCGCCGCUAUACUAGUUCUUUAGGGGUUUUUUGGAUCCUAUUCUACAACACCCCCUUACAUACCUACCUAGAUCACACGUCUCUGCGUCUAGCUAGAUAAGAAGACCACCAUGUUGGAAAGUCACGGGCCUGGCGAAGACCGCCAGCCGGUGGCAGUCAAACAGAAUGUUGAAAAGGUGGUCAGUCAAAGUAAUGUCGUCGAUGAGUCGAAAGGUCGGACUUGGAUAGAGACCCUUCGGGGCACUUUUGCCCGCUUCAUCUCAGCGGGCCCGAUUGAAGAGCGAGGAGUCAUGCCGGUCUCCCUGGAAGAUCGGAACGCCACCAAUUAUACGAGUUACUUCUCGAUAUGGGUUUGCAUGAAUAUCAACCUCUUACCAAUUACUUUUGGCAUGCUCGGCCCAACCUACGGGCUUAGUCUAAGAGACUGCUCUUUGGUCAUCCUAUUCUUCUGCCUCCUGACUGCAGCCAUCCCGGCUUAUCUCGGCACCUUGGGGCCCAAGACCGGUCUGCGGCAGAUGAUACAGGCUCGCUUUUCCUUUGGGCGGUACCUGGUCUCCGUUCCCGUGAUCCUGAACCUGGCCACGCUCACGGGAUUCUGUGUCGUCAUCUGUGUCAUUGGCGGCCAAUGCCUAUCUGCGGUUGCCGGCGGCUCUCUCACGCCGGCGGUUGGCAUAGUGAUCAUGGGCAUCUUGGCCCUGCUCAUCUCCUUCUGCGGGUACGACGUACUCCACCAUUACGAGCGCUGGGCGUGGAUUCCGGCCUUGAUCGCCAUUGUUAUUACCACGGGAUGUGGAGGGUCGCGGCUUAGUGAGCAAGCACCCACAGAGCCUGCGACGUCAGGCGGUGUCCUUAGUUUCGGCAUGAUCAUAGCCUCCUACAUGAUCCCGUAUGCCUGUCUCGCCUCGGAUUUUACUACAUAUCUGAACCCUAAGUUUUCAUCAUUGAGGCUAUUCCUUUAUGGAUAUGUAGGCCUAGUGCUUCCCUCGCUUCUGCUCAUGAUUCUGGGCGCUGCUAUCGGCGGCGCGCUAAGCAGCAUUCCAGAGUGGCAAGAAGGCUACGACGAGACCCAAGUAGGCGGCGUGUUAGCGGCAAUGUUGUCACGAGCCGGAGGCUUCGGUAAAUUCGUGGUGGUCGUGCUUUCGCUGACCCUGCUGGGAAACAUCGCGGCGACCAUGUACUCGAUCACCCUCAACUUCCAGAUCCUCAUCCCGCAGCUCGUCGUCAUCCCGCGCUACAUGUUCUCCGUCCUGGUCACCGCCAUCGUCAUCCCCGUCAGUGUCAAGGCCGCGUCCGAGUUCUUCGCCAGCCUCGAGAACUUCGUUGCGCUCAUCGGGUACUGGUCGGCCGCGUUCGUCGCGGUGCUAAUCGUCGAGCACAACGUGUUCAGGCGCGGGAAAUACGACAGCUAUGACCAUGACAGCUGGAAUGUGGCGUCGAGACUGCCGCUGGGCGUUGCGGCUUUGGCGGCGAGUGCGCUGAGCUUUGCGCUGGUGAUCCCGAGUAUGUCGCAGGUGUGGUUUGAGGGCCCGAUUGCGGAGAAGUCUGGGGAUAUUGGAUUUGAGAUGGCGUUUGUGGUGACGGCGGUUCUUUACUUGCCGUUCCGGUACUUGGAGAAGAGGGUUUAUGGGCGAUGAGAAAUGACUUGGGCUAGAUAGACUGGGUUGAAUGCUUCUUUAAGAAGAGAAUGUAUGAUUAUGAAUGAUUUACAUGGGUAGUUAGGUAUACAGUCAGAGAUAUACCCCUUUAAUGAUGAGCAUGCCUAUAGAAAUGAUCUUUCAUCUCGCGAAGCGCAUAGAGCAGCCAAC